UUACGAUGACAACGAAAUCUUAUUCCAAAACCUCCACCUCCGAGUUUUCGACCUCAACGUGUAUCUAAAAGUGACUAGAACUAGGGUUAUAUGUCCGGAACCUCACCGAAGGACCGAGGAUUUUUCGGUUCAGUUUCGGAUAUUCGAAUAUUUUCUGAAAACCGACAACCUUAAAAGGGAAGAUUAAUAUGUCCCUUAUCAUCCUACACAUUUUUAAAAAAUACCUAAAAAAUAAAAUAAAUUAAUAUUAACAGUUAAAAAAAUUAUUCAAAAAUAUUGAGAAUGAGUGCUACUCGAGAAUCCUCUACUGAAACAGCUGAUCGUUAUCCUUUUGGCUACUCAACAGAGCUUACAUCAAAUCAUGAAUCCUCCAUCUGCACAGCUAAGCGCCUCAGGCAACGCUUACAACGACAACAAUCGGGACAGUCGGGAAGAAGAUAUACUGGUGAAAGUAGUGAAGGGUCAUCCUUAGUGGUACAAAAUAAAAAUAAAAUUAAAAAAAAAUUUAAAAAAAUAUCUGUGAAGGGUACCCCAACAGAAUCAGGCCGAUGCUUCACCUUUACUGCAGCACAACGUGUAUUGAGAACAGACCCAGAUAGAAAACCCUCAAUGAAUCAAAAUUUGUCUGAAAUGUUAUUAGAUGCGAUACAUAUGGAUGAUGCUAGCUUGGUAGAUAGGCUUCUGCUUUCACAUUGUGGAAAUAAGCAUCAAGCUACACUUUCAUCAUCACCCUCAAUUACAAGCACAAACACGUUUACUGACCUAGCUCAACGUAGGCAUGGUGGAGCUGCUACAAUGCAACAUAGGCGUUCUAAUGCAUCGAGUACUUUAUCAACACAUUCUGGUGGACGUUCAAAUUGUGCUACUAUGAGUACAUUACACAUGGCAGUAGCCCACAAACAACGAGAUAUCGUCGAACUACUCCUCAAAAGCGGCUAUGACCCAAACACAAUAGCUCUAUGCCACUGUAAAGGAGCCUGUACAACAUCGGGAAACAUCCCACUGGCUUCCGUUCUUCCUUCUAAAAAUCAUUCUGCAACACCUGAAAUGUGUGCGGUUUGUACCCAACUACGUGUUGUUUCAAUUCUUGACCAAACACCGUUAGCUAUUGCGGUGAGGGCACAGAGUCCAGAAAUGAUUAAUUUGCUUGUUUCCUACGGCGCUGAUGUGAACGCUGUUGAUGAGGACGGAAAUUCCCCUUUAAUGUUGGCCGUCCGUGACUCUCCUUUGAGUUGGCAUUGUCUUCAUAUACUCAUCCUUUUCGGAGCUAGAAUUCAACAAAAGAAUAGUCGUGGAAUUUGCCCUUUGGAUUUGGCACCCGAACUAAGAAAAAUACAAGAAACGUGUGUUGAAAGUCUUUUCCAAAUGGCCUGUGUCCGUCCAACAAAUUCAAAUUCUGGGGGUAAUCACGUUAGUGGUAGUCAAGUUCACUUGAGUGGAGGAGGGACGGGGAAUGGAGAAAAGGAAGAGAAUGGAGGUGGAGUGGCUGGAGGAGUAGGAGGUGGACAGACCAACAUAAACAUGGCCGGUAGUGGAACUGUAAGCACUCAAGAACGACUAAUGAAAACGGCGGCGAUGAUUUCUGCUACUAAACAUUUGCGUAAAUCAAAUGUGGAUGCUGGCAAGUGUUUAGAUUUAUUAAAACAAAACAUGUUAAUUUUAGAAUCGCUUCUGUUGCCAGCAAGUUUUUGUGAGAGAGGAAGUCUUAGCAAGUAUGUUUAG